GUCUCCCACCUUCUAGACAAACCCUUAGCCACAACACUGAAAAUGAGACAGGGCUGCUUUAACAGAGAGGGCGGAAACUGUCAUCUGAAACUUGCUAAACAUUACGCUUUAGGGAUUUGCAGCAUGUUGCAAGUUCCACACUGCAGGAUCCAGCCUAUAACAGUUCACCAUGUAACCACCCAGCUUCGAGACUGCGUCAGUUGUUCCUAACAGAGCAGUUAAGUCUUUUUUGCUCAAGUUUCAGCAAGGACCUUUACAAUGGAUUUUGAAAUUGGCUGUAGAAGCCACCUACUAGAUUAGUACAAAGAGCAGAAAAUAAUCCUAAGAGUGAACAGAGCUGCUUCAUAGACUCUGCAUUCUGCAUAAACUUCAAAGGCCCUUAUUUUUACAUAAAUAGGCUCUUCUCAGGGCAGGUCCUACUUAGAAGUGGGAAUGGCAAAGGCAGUGGUCCUGUUUCUCCGUGUUUGUGUGCAGCUUCUUGUCCUGCCUGUAUACUUGCUAUCAUUCCUGGGCAUAUGGGAACCAUUCUGUAAGAAGAUAUUCUUUCCCUUCUUCAUAGAGAAGUUAACUGCAAGUUACAACCGGAGGGCGUCAGGGCACAAACAAGAGCUGUUCUGCAACCUGCAGGAGUUUGCAGGCCCCUCAGGGGAACUGACUUUGCUGGAGAUUGGGACUGGCACUGGCGCCAACUUCCAAUUCUACCCACCUGGCUGCAAAAUUACCUGCACUGACACAACCCUCAACUUCCAGGAUGGCCUCUCCAGGAGCAUGGCACAGAACCAGCACCUCCAGUUUCAGUCCUUCCUGGUGACCCCUGGGGAAGACUUGAACCAAGUGGCCGACAGCUCUAUGGAUGCAGUGGUUUGCACCUUGGUCCUGUGUUCAGUGCAAAGCAUAGAGGGUGUCUUGAAAGAAGUUUUGAGAGUACUCAGAACCGGUGGGGCAUUUUAUUUCUUAGAACACGUAGCUGCAGAUCCUUCAAGCUGGAGCUAUUUUUGGCAGCAAGUCUACUAUCCAACCUGGAAACUUCUGUUUGAUGGAUGCCACCUCACAAGAGAGACCUGGAAAAACCUUGAACAGGCCAAGUUUUCAGAAAUAAAGUUACGGCACAUACAAGUCCCAUUAUACUGGACUCCAGUUCAGUCUCAUAUCAUCGGAUAUGCUAUAAAAUAAUUUUCACUGUGCUGCGACAUAUGCACUUUUUAAUGUUUGCUUCUGUACAAAUCAUCUACAGUAACUCCUCACUUAAUGCUGUGUUGUUCGUUGCUGAUCAAUUAGAGAACAUGCUCAUUUAAAGUUGCACAA